AGCCAAAGCAGCUGAUUGUCAAGCUUCGAUCAGCUGUUAGAGUCACAACCGAGAUCUGUUGACUGUUUUUGAAUGUUAUUAACAACAAAAUCGCAAUGAAUGACCAAUUGCCGUCCGAAUUCGACCUGGUCAUUGUCGGUACUGGCAUGAUUGAGUCAAUAAUCUCAGCUGCAGCCAGCAGGAUUGGCAAAACAGUGCUGCACAUCGACAGCAACGAUUACUAUGGGGGACUGUGGGCCUCGUUCAACUUGGAGGGUCUCCACAACUACGCCCCAAAGUCACCAGAAACUAGUCAGGGGGGCUGUCCAGCCCUAAACCACCUGCCUAUUGGCAACGCGGUUUCCCAUAUCGGCCACUUCGAGAGCAAUUGGCAUGUGCCAGAGAAAUUAGAGCCUCCCGAAACUGAUAUAGAAGGAGAUUUGGAACAGAUGAACCUGGAGGAGAGUCGGGGGAAAGAACACAGCCAGGAGAGUUUGCUGAAGAUUUCUAGAAAAUUCAAUAUUGAUCUGGUGCCAAAGCUGCAUUAUGCCAGGGGUAGUUUUGUGGAGCUGCUCAUAUCCUCCAACAUAGCUCGGUAUGCGGAGUAUCGGAGCGUUAGCAGGGUGCUGACUUGGCUCAAAGGCCAAUUGGAGCCGGUGCCGUGUUCAAGAGCCGACGUAUUUUCCAGCAAAAACGUAUCGGUGAUCGAGAAGCGACUGCUCAUGAAGCUUCUCACUUCCCUGGACCGCGACUUGGACGCAGACGACGACAAACCGGAUACUUUCCUACAGUUCCUCCAGGCAAGGAAAAUACCUCCUAACUUAGUUCACUUUGUGCUUUAUGCGAUGGCCAGAGGCUCAAAGGAAACCUCACUGGACGAGGGAAUUUCCAAUACGAAGCGCUUCUUGGGCAGCUUGGGGCGUUUCGGCAAAACCCCCUUUUUGUUCUCCAUGUACGGAAGCGGCGAAACACCUCAGGCCUUUUGCAGGUUGAGUGCAGUAUUUGGAGGCGUCUUCGCACUAAAUCAGCCCUCCCUAUCGGGUCUCAAACUGGAGAACCACAAAGUGGAAGCUCUGCUGAAUGGAGACCAGGAAAUCAAAGCCCAGCACUUCGUGUUGGGUGCCGAGCAUUCGCCUUCCCAAUUCCUCGCUUCGGUUGCAAAUGGCAACCAAAUUUCCAGAGCUGUGUUCGUUACCGAUAAGUCGUUAAUCCCUAGCGAGCAGGAGCAUUUAACGCUGCUAGUUUACCCGCCGGAUGACAAAAAGCCACUGGCAACCAUCGUGGAAAUGGGCCACCUAACAGGGACAUGCCCUAAGGGCUUCUACUUGCUUCAUAUGACAACCAAGCUAGUCUCCAGCCCUAAAGAAGACUUGCAGCACAUAGUCAGUAAUCUAUUAGGCGGCAAUGAGGAGGAUGGCAAGCCGAAGAUAUUGUGGUCGUGCUAUUUUAGCCUGCCGGAAGCUGCCCAACAACAGCAGAUGCAGGAUUUACCCGAAAAUGUAUUCCUCUGCAGCGGCCCUAACUUGGAUUUGGAUUAUGAUGCAGCCAUUCACAAUGCGAAGGGGAUAUUCGAAAAAAUGUAUCCUGGUUUGGAUUUUCUACCUCGCGCCCCCGAUCCAGAUGAAAUCAUCAUCGGAGGAGAAGAAGAAGGCACAGAAACAAUGACUGAUGAGGACACUAAAGAACCAACAAUGAAUUCAUAGAAGUGGUGUUGAAGUUUUCUAAUGGUAAAUGCGGCAAGUGAACUAUUAAGGAUAUAAGAGUAAAAGUAUGUACAAUAUCA